CAGCAAGUUUUACUUCUCCCUGGUGCAAGGGUGUUUGCCAGCAGCCUGCGCUCUCGGAAAUCAGAUUCAAGUGACCAGGACUCUCGAGUCCAAACGCUUACCAUGCUACUCCCCAGGAGGGCCAGGAACUGCUGACAUUACCACUGGACGGUCAUUCGUCUCUUACCAUUACCAACAAGCAUGGACAAGCUUAAUAAAAUAACUGUCCCAGCCAGUCAGAAGUUGAGGCAACUUCAAAAGAUGGUCCAUGAUAUUAAGCAUAAUGAAGGUGGAAUAAUGAACAAAAUCAAAAAGCUGAAGGUCAAAGCACCUCCAAGUGUUCCUCAAAGGGACUAUGCUCCAGAGAGCCCUGCCAACCAGGAGGAGCAGUGGUCAGAUGACUUUGACAGUGAUUAUGAAAAUCCUGACGAGCACUCGGAUUCAGAGAUGUACGUGAUGCCCGCAGAAGAGAACGGGGACGACAGUUACGAGCCACCCCCCGUGGAGCAGGAGACCAGGACAGUCCACCCAGCCCUGCCCUUCACCAGGGGCGAGUAUGUAGACAACCGAUCAAGCCAGCGGCAGUCUCCACCCUGCAGCAAGACACUUCCCAGUAAGCCCAACUGGACUUCAGGGAAAGCAAGGCUCUCCUCCACUCUGCCAUCCCCACCUUCUCUUCAAAAACCUCAAGUCCCACCCAAACCCAAAGGGCUCCUCGAGGAUGAGGCUGAUUAUGUGGUCCCUGUGGAAGAUGAAGAUGGAAACUAUAUUCAUCCCACAGAGAGCAGUUCACUUCCAUCAGAAAAAGCUCCCAUGGUGAACAGAUCAACCAAGCCACAUAACUCCUCAAAGCCAGCCUUUUCUCCAGGGACAGCUUCAGGUGGAAGCAGCGGAAACUGGGACUCCAAGUUGCCAUCCUCACCCACAGCGCCAUCCCCACUGCCGAGGGCCGGGAAGAAAUCAGCUGCACCACUGAAAACAACUCCAGUUGCAUCUCAACAGAAUGCAUCAAGUGUUUGUGAAGAAAAACCUAUACCUGCUGAACGCCACCGAGGGUCUAGUCACAGACAAGAAGCUGUGCAGUCACCAAUGUUUCCUCCUGCCCAGAAACAAAGUCAUCAAAAACCUAUACCUCUGCCAAGAUUUCCAGAUGGGGGAAGCCCAACUGUGGAUGGACUAAUACCCAGCUUUUUAUCUAAUUCUAAUUUGUCAGACCAGGAAGCUGAUGUUCACUGUAAGCCAUGGUAUGCUGGAGCCUGCGAUCGAAAGUCUGCUGAAGAGGCAUUAUAUAGAUCAAACAAGGAUGGAUCAUUUCUUAUUCGGAAAAGCUCUGGCCAUGAUUCCAAACAGCCAUAUACCUUAGUUGUAUUCUUUAAUAAGAGAGUGUAUAAUAUUCCUGUACGAUUUAUUGACGCAACAAAACAGUAUGCUUUGGGCAGAAAGAAAAAUGGUGAAGAGUACUUUGGAAGUGUUGCUGAAAUAAUCAAGAAUCAUCAACAUAGUCCCCUGGUUCUCAUCGACAGUCAGAAUAACACAAAGGAUUCCACAAGACUGAAGUACGCAGUUAAAGUUUCAUGAAAAAAAGAAAAAAGAAAAAAGAAAAAAAAGGUCACCAUCAUUGUUUCAAACAUUUUCUCCAAGUUUCUACCUUUGGGGAAACAUCUUAAAACUUCAUAUUUUGGGCUGUGAAUCAUCUAGUAAGAAAACAGAAGAUGGAGGAAGCUAUUUGAAAUUAUCAUCCAUUUCUUUAGAAGCAGCUCACAUGGACUUGUUCUAUCUAUUGCCUGACCAGAUGAACUGUUAAUAUUUUGUGAAGAUUAGUUAACAUGCUACUAAUAUUCUCCAAAUAAAUAUCUUUAUUUAAAAGAAACAUGUGAAAGUAUGUUCAGUAACGUAAGAAAAUACCACUCUAUUUUCAAAAUAAAGAAGUCAUACUCUUGGAUAAAAUAAAGCUGCUGGCAGUUUUGACCACAACAGUCACUGGUGCACUAUUGUGGCUGGUAUGUCCACUGUCAAUGCUUGGCAAUUGUCUUGGUUGGAAUUUUAAUGUGUAGAAAAUAAUAAUAUUGUGUAUUUGUUAAAUAGCAGAAAAGAAGGAUGAAUUGGUUCUUUUUUUGUGAGUGCUCCAAACCAUGGGACACGUAGAUGGAUAUGAACUUUCUAGAAGUCAGGAUUAUAUUAUUUGUUUGCUAAUUAAAGAUAAUGAUACCCUCUUGUA